UCAUUGGCCUUCCAUAUCAUCCACGAUUAGGGUUUUAAGCAGCCGAACGUUGCUCGCCAAAAACUUGAUCCGGAUCGCUUCAGUCUUGCAAACAUGGGUAAAACACAUGGAAUGGGAGCUGGACGCAAGCUAAAGUCCCAUCGCAGGCGACAAAGAUGGGCAGACAAGUCAUACAAGAAAUCUCAUCUUGGAAAUGAAUGGAAGAAGCCAUUUGCUGGUUCUUCUCAUGCGAAAGGCAUUGUUCUUGAAAAGAUUGGUAUUGAGGCUAAGCAGCCUAACUCUGCUAUCAGAAAGUGUGCUAGAGUUCAACUCAUCAAGAAUGGAAAGAAGAUUGCUGCUUUUGUUCCCAACGAUGGUUGCUUGAACUACAUCGAAGAAAAUGAUGAAGUGUUGAUUGCUGGAUUUUGGGCGAAAGGGGCAUGCUGUGGGAGAUAUUCCUGGAGUUAGGUUUAAGGUUGUGAAGGUUUCUGGUGUAUCUCUUUUGGCUCUUUUCAAGGAGAAGAAGGAGAAGCCAAGAUCUUAAGUUUUGAAGGGGUGGUUUACAUUGUUAUUAAAACUUCUUACUUUUUUCAAAGAGCCUAAAUGGUAUUGUUGUCUUUAAGACUUGUUUUGCAGACAAUGCAUCAUUAAUUUCGGUAGUGUGUACUUAUUUUUGGAGUAUUUUACAUAAAUUGUUCAUGUGGUUUGGU